UACCCCACGAGGUAUAAUGUAUGGAAUUGUGAAAGUCCAGUCAUUAAGUCGAUCAGUUUUGGAGAGCCGUGCAGUGUGGACCGUGUUAAAUAUUUUGAAAAAUAAACAGUGAUUGUAUUUUGUGCAUGGAUUGAAGUGCAGUGCAAUAUAAAAUCGGACGAGCCAAACGGUUGCCAUCAGUAUUCAGUGCCACUGUGACCAGCAUGUUGGGAUUUUAAAACAAUGUCGGCGCCAUUAUUAAGACAGACAUGGACGAUGUCAGCAGUGCUGAUCAACAUGUUCGGGCAGGGUUUGGUGCUGAGCUUCCCAUCCAGUCUGCUGCCAGCUCUCAGCCAACCUGACUCCCCCAUCAAAGCUGAUCUUCACACCGCAUCAUGGCUGGGUUCAAUAGUCGGUGUGGCUGGCAUCCCAGGGUUCUUCAUAUCCUCAUUCCUCAUGGACAUGUUCGGAAGGAAAAUAACUCACGCCCUUGUAAUAUUACCAGCCAUCGUCGGCUGGAUCAUGAUCUACUUCUCUCAAGACAUCACUGUUCUGAUGACUGGACGAUUUCUUGGUGGACUCUCUUCAGCAGCCACGGUCUCCUUAGGAGCUGUCGUGAUAGGAGAAUACACCAGCCCUAAAUAUAGAGGGGUCUUCCUUUAUCUCAAGAAUGCUUCCGUGUGUAUGGGAGCCAUGUUCAUUCACAUUAUAAGUGGGUUUUUACAUUGGAGGACAAUAGCUCUCGUAGCAUUAACUCCUCUUCUUUUUGCUUUCUUUGUGGUAUGUACGUGGCCGGAGAGCCCAGCCUGGCUACUCUCCAAACAGCAGUACGACAAGAGUGAGAGAGCCUUCUACUGGCUCCGAGGAAACAAUGAAGCCUCUCGUAGAGAAAUUACUGACACCAUCAAAGCGCAGAGAGAACGAAUGGCAAAACCCAAACUGACACAAAGUUAUUGGGAGCAAAUUAAGGACUUCCUCAAAAAAUUUACUCAAAAAGACUUCGUCAAACCUGUCAUUAUAACGCUUCUAGCUACUAUUGUGCUAGAAAUGAGUGGGAGACACAUUUUCCCUGCCUACCUCCUCUACAUAAUGUCAGAAAUGACUGGAGAGAAGUCGCAGUCGUUUUACUAUACUCUUGGUUCUGAUGUCAUCAUCACCGCGAGCGCUCUGUUUGCCUCAGUCCUAGUGAAAAUGAUGAACAGGCGAACACUGCUCUUCUCCACUGGAUUUGCUGCCUUUGGAGUAUUAAUGGCAGUCUGUACGUAUCUCUUCUUGGAGGCCCAAGGCAUAAUACCUGGUGGACGUUCCUGGAUACCAAUGUCUUUGUUGAUAGUAUACUUUAUACUUGCCAACUUGGGCUGUGCACCUAUACCGUUGGCUUUAGUGGGGGAAGUAUUUCCCUUGUCGCACAGGGGAGCAGGAUUAGCUCUUUCUGGAGUUUGGAUAUCUUUGGGUUUGAUAGUAGGACUCAAAUCAACUCCACAUUUAAUAGAUAGCAUUAAAGUCUACGGAUUCUUCGCCGUAUAUGGAAUCAUCAUGGCGAUGUCUCUGGUAAUACUCUAUUUUAUGAUGCCAGAAACCAAAGAUAGGACCCUACAAGAAAUUGAAAAUUACUUCAACUAUGGAAGGUUCGCGAAUGUGGAUGAUGACGAUGAGGAAGCGAAUACCAAGAUGAUUAAUGAGUAAGACUGGAGAUUAGUGUGAGUUUUAACUAUGUUAAUAAAUAGUCAACUUGAUUUUAUAAAAACUCUCGUGAGACAUACUAAAUUAACUAAAAAUCGCGGGUUACUCACGUGGAUAUUGAGUAAGCUGUGCGACAUCGCCACGCCCACGUACGUUGCUCAUAAGAAAGAGCCCCUCUGUGCCUCAAAACUAAUAGAGCUUUUCUCAGUAUAUUCGCGUGAGUAACCCGCGAUUUUUAGUUAAUUUAAUAGUUAACUUGCCCAUGACUUAGUAUAAUUAUACUUAAGUACUUUAAAGUAAGUUUAAGCAGUCAUUUUGUAAUAGUAGUGCCUGCCGACUUAGAAGACUAAUCGUCAAAUAUUUAAAUGGCACUCAAUUUUGAGACGCUCUCAAGAUUAGUUCUGUCUCUUUAAAUUCUUUGUUAAAAGACAGAGAGAGUAUGGUCUAAAAUUUGAGUAGGUAGCAGUGUAGUAUUAGAUUGGUAGUAUUAUAUUAAACAAUUUGUGAUGAAUGAGUUUGUCUUUUACAUUAA